AUGUCGGCACGACUAUCUUAUUUUAUGAGUUUGCAGGAUAACGACAAGCCCCUUGAUCUCGGCCCGUGCCGAGAUCCUUCAACGAAGGUUGCAGACUCACCUGCAAAUGCAGCGGAGGCACUUGACCAAUUUGAAUUUUUCCGUUCUUCUAGAGGGAGGUUUGACACAAGAUUGGCUCGGUCCUGUGCUGGCAAAUCAAACCCAUCCUCUUGGUGGUUAAUGUUUGGAGGAGAAGUCAGGAUACUUCAGGGUUACGCGAUUCGAAUUCUGUCCCAGUGCAUGUCCUCUAGCGGGUGUGAGAGAAACUGGAGCACAUUUGCAUUGAUGCACGCAGAAGCAAAAAAUCGACUCUUUACUGAAAAGCUCCACAAGUUAGUCUAUGUCCGCUACAAUCUUAAGCUGCGGAGCGAACAAACCAAAAUACACACGGAAGAAAAGGACGGCGAGGAAGAAAACGUGCUUGAUCCUUGCAGAAUGAUGAUGGCUGUCACACUAUAUGAUAAAGAAAACCCUGUCAUGGAUUGGCUGAAUAUGCCAGAUAGUGUAUCUUUGACUCCACAGGAUGAAGCUACGCCUUGUAGGGCUCUGGUCGAUAUGAUGCACACAGAGACAUCGUGUGAGUAUGCCCUCAACAAACCAAUAGGGGCUUCAGGAUCAAAGGGGAAGGACAUGCUCGAUGGCACAAAACGAAAGAGGAAAAAGGGCAAGAUAUCUGCUAAUGAUGAUGGUCCGCGGCAUGCAAUGUGUACCAGGAACAAGACGAAGGGUCUCCCUGGCCUCGGCUAGCCUUUUGCUGGUAAGAAGUUCUGUCUAGAAGUUGCACCAAUAUGAUGGGUCCGAUGCAUGA